GUGCCCGUGCAGCAGUGGACGCUGCCAGGUGUUCGUGUGAAGUUUUGUUCUCGAGGCCCUCAGGACGUUUGGCGCGUGACUGCCGGGCUGCCCGGGUCCUCGCGCCAUGCCCCAUAGGCGGAAGAAACCCUUCAUAGAGAAGAAAAAAGCUGUAACAUUUCAUUUAGUACACAGAAGUCAGAAGGACCCUUUGACAGCAGAUGACACUGCACCACAGAGAGUUCUGUUACCUGCACAAAAGGGGGAUGAAGAAAAAAGAAGGGAGGAACAGAGAAAAUAUGGAGUAUUCUUUGAUGAUGACUACAACUACUUGCAACAUCUCAAGGAAGCUUCUGGACCUUCUGAGCUUAUUCCAUCCAGCAUCCCAGAUCAACAAGGCAGGAUUGUAGUGACCACAGAAGGAGAGGUAGAAGAAGAAAUUCAGCGAAUUCCAGCUCCAACUAUUAACUUGCCGUCGUCAGUGUUUGCAUCAGAAUUUGAAGAGGAUGUGGGAUUGUUAAACAAAGCUGCUCCUGUUUCAGGACCUAGGCUGGAUUUUGACCCUGACAUUGUUGCAGCACUUGAUGAUGAUUUCGAUUUUGACAAUCCAAAUAAUCUCCUUGAAGAUGAUUUCAUUUUAAGGGCCAAUAAGCCAGGGAGUAUAGACCAGGAAAAGGAAGCUUGUUGGGAGUCUAAAUCUGGAGAUGAAGAUGAAUGGGAGGAUAUGGAGGAAGAAGAGGAUGGAAAAAACUUUCAGAGUGAUGAAGAGUAUGAUUCUGAGGGCCCUUUGUCAGAUGAUGCUGAAAUUAGAGGAGAGAUGAAAGAUUUUUUUUUCAUGCAAGAAGAGACCAGGAGUCGUUUUACAGAAUACUCUAUGACGUCUUCAGUAAUGAGAAGGAAUGAACAAUUGACCCUUUUGGAUGAGAGAUUUGAGAAGUUCUUUGAGCAGUUUGAUGAUGAUGAAAUUGGAGCCCUGGAUAAUGCCGAAUUAGAAGGUUUCAUUCAGAGUGAUAGUACUCGGUUACAAGAAGUCUUGAAUGACUAUUAUAAAGAAAAAGAAAAAGACUGUGUUAAACCUGAUGCUCUCGUAAUCAAAGAAGAUUCAGAGGUGCUCCUGAAUGAGGAAGAAGAUGAAAAAGAAAAAAUAGUAACUUUGGUUAUUAAAGAACCUAGAGAAAAAUGGGAUUGUGAAUCUAUUCUGAGUACCUAUUCAAACAUAUACAAUCAUCCAAAACUUAUUGAAGUUCCACAAAAGCCCAAACCAAUUUUAGUGUCGAACAAGACAGGAAUCCCUCUGGAUGUUUUGCCUCAAAGAGGACUUACAGCUAAGCAGGCUGAGCGCAUGCAAAUAAUUAAUGACUGUGACCUGCCAAGAGUGUCCACACAGCCACGUUCCAAAACUGAGACUAAAGAGGAUCGGAAAGCUAGAAAACAAGCCAUCAAAGAAGAAAGAAAAGAACGCAGGAUGGAGAAGAAAGCAAACAAACUGGCCUUUAAGCAAGAGAAGACAAGGCAAGAGAAAGAACUGCUCAACCUAAAACAGAAUAUUCAAGGACUCAAGUUGUCAUAAUUAAAACUCCAUGUCAAGGAAUUCAACACCUUAUUCUUGCUGAAACUUUUGGAAAGGACACUUCUUCAAUCUGACUUACCACAGAAGUUUAAAAGUUAUGACAAUGAUCUUUUGAAAACUCAAAUCUAGCUACAUCAGCAUUUGUUUAAAUGUAAAUUCAUUUUGGUUACUUCUAAAAUAAAAUUGUAAUAUUUUCUCCUGUA